GUCAUAAAGCAAAGCAACACACAUUCUCAAUCCUCUUACAAUCUCUCUCUCUCUCUCAUUCUCAUUCUCUCUCUAUAAAUUCCCACACCUCAUUCCUUUCUUCCCGCUUCCUCUCUUCAAUACCAUUCUCUCCCACUAACCCAUCUCUCUCUCUCUCUCUAAGAAUGCAUUCACCAACAUAUGGAUCCGACCCGACAACACCACCAAACACAACCUUCAUACAAGCUGACCCAUCAAAUUUCCGACAAGUAGUCCAAAAAUUAACCGGAGCAUCACAAGACCCAUCAGCCCAAAAACUACCCAUCACUCUCCCAUCUCGUCUAACAGCCCAAACCCAAGCCAACCGUUGUUCACCGUCAAUCACCAACGAACCAAUAAUGGGCCUAAAAAAGCCCAACUUUAAACUCCACGAACGCCGUUCCAAAAAACUUCAACUCAACGUUUCGGAAACACACAUGAUGUUCCAAAACAACAAUAAUAACAACAACAACAACAUGAUGAUGAUGAUGUUAAUGAAUAACAACAACAAUAAUAUUAAUCGAAGUGUUGUUAUGGCUUCACCAGUUUCACCAUUGGAAUUUUACAUGGCACAUGGAAAUAGUCCAAAAUCACCUUAUUAUGAAGAUGAAGAAGAUGAAGAAGAAAAAGUGAUAGCUGAAAAAGGUUUCUAUUUACACCCCUCUCCUAGAGCUUCUCAACAACAACCACCUGAACUGUUACCACUUUUUCCUUUGCAUUCUCCUUCAUCUCAAUCUCAUUCUUAAUUAUAUUAAUGUUGUUGUUUUUUGUGGAAGUUGAUUGUAUUUUAAGUUUGUAAUUUUUGCUAUAUUAAUUAAUUAACUACUAAUUAUAUUUGCUAGUUUGUUUGGUUGUAUUUUUCUUUAAUUAGAUAUUUAUGUACUUUUUUAUUUUUAUUAUGUAUUGCGUGUGUCAGUGUGUGUGUAGCUGUACUGUGAAUAAAUACUGUGGUCUGUUGAUUCUACGUUGACAA